UAUAUCUGUAUCUACAUACCUAAAAAUAUCAAUUAACACACACCACCUACCCACCACAAGCAAGACUCUCUCUCUCUCUCUCUCUCUCCUCUCACACGCACACAGAGUAGUAUCGAAAGCAUUUAAAGCGGCAAUUCAAUCGAGGAAGGGAGCUGAAGCGAGUUGUUCCAAUGGCGACCUUCGCAUCCGCGGCAAUCACGCCCUCACUCGCUCUCAAUCCACCGAGAAGAUUCACCUCUCUCUCCUCCUCCAGCUCAGUUUUCUUCAGCUCCAAUGUCUGCAAUCGGGCCAGGCUGGGGCUCGCGGUGGAUCGGCCCAGGGCAGCGAAGAGGAGGGGGAUGUCGUGCAACUGCGUCUUCGGGCUCGGAGUGCCGGAGCUCGUAGUUAUCGUCGGCGUGGCGACGCUCCUCUUCGGCCCCAAGAAGUUGCCCGAGGUUGGAAAGAGUAUCGGCAAGACUCUCAAAAGCUUUCAGCAGGCGGCCAAAGAAUUCGAGACAGAACUGAAGAAGGACAUCGACGAGCCUUCUGCAGAGGCGUCUAACGAGAAGAAGAUUACGACGGUUAGUGAAGAAGAGAAGCAAGAGGAUAAAGUCCCCACCGCAAAUGGAAGUUCUUGAGUAUUUCAUCAAUAAAAACCACCUCAUGUUGUUGUAGUUUGCCUCAUUCCCACAUGUUGUACGACACACUUGUUUGUUUAGAUAUAAAUAGCUGUGUUUGAGAAUUUCAUCAAUAAACCUCGUAUUGCUAAAAGAAGAUUAUUAGCCCAA